AUGGGUUUAACUGACUUCUAUCAAAAGUCUCUGACUAAUACUACUGCUGGUGAAAAGCUGGAAGAUAUCCCAUCUGACUCUGCUAGUUUCUCUUCUGAUUCUGAAAAAGAUGUCGUGGUGGUUCAAAUUGAUAAAAAUACUAAACAAAUUGGGAUAGUUUCUGCUACCUUUUUAAUGAUCAAUAGAAUGUUAGGUGCCGGUGUGUUCGCUACUGGUUCAACUAUCUUUUCCUUAUCUGGUUCAGUGGGUACUGCUUUAAUGAUGUGGUUUGCUGGUACUAUUAUUGCCUUAUCUGGUUUAUUAGUUUAUAUGGAAUUAGGAAGUGCUUUGCCAAGAAAUGGAGGUGAAAAAAAUUAUUUGGAAUUUUUAUUUAGAAAACCAAAAUUUUUAGUUACUGCUAUGUAUGCAUCUUAUGUUUUCUUUUUAGGUUGGGCUGCCGGUAAUUCUAUUGUCGUUGGUGAAUAUCUUUUAAAUGCUGCAGGUAAAGAAGUUACUCAAUGGAAUUCAAGAGCCAUUGGUAUUGCUGUUAUUACUUUUGCCUUUUUAGUCAAUGCUAUCCAUGUUAAAACUGGUUUAUUCCUUGCUAAUGCUUUAGGAACGUUUAAAAUCAUUAUUGUUUUAUUCAUUACCGUUACUGGUUGGGUUGCCCUUGGUGGCGGUAUUAAAUCAAAGAAUUUCCAUCAUACUGGUAAUUUCAGAGAUGCUUUUAAAGGUGAAACUCCAUCUGGUUUUGGUAUUGUUAAUGCCUUAUAUAAUGUUAUUUGGUCUUAUGUUGGUUAUUCAAAUGCCAAUUAUGCUUUAGGUGAAAUUAAAAACCCAACUAGAGUUUUAAGAAUUGCUGCUCCAGUUGCUUUUGUUUCAUUAGGUAUACUUUAUAUGUUUGUUAAUAUUGCUUAUUUUGCUGUGGUUCCAAAGGAAGAAAUUGAAAAUUCAGGUACAAUUUUAGCUGCUUUAUUCUUUAGAUAUGCUUUUGGUGAUUCUGCUGAAAAAGCUGCUUCAGUUUUCGUUGCUUUAUCAGCUUGGGCUAAUGUUAUGUCAGUUAUCUUUUCUCAAGGUAGAAUUAUUCAACAAUUAGGUCGUGAAGGUGCUUUACCAAUCUCAAGAUUCUGGGCUACUUCAAAACCUUUCGGUACCCCAUUCGUUGGUUUAAUGGAACAUUGGAUUGUUUGUAUUGUUACCAUGGUUGCUCCUCCACCUGGUGAUGCUUAUAAUUUCAUUUUAAAUUUAAUUUCUUAUCCAUUAAAUGUGGUUAAUACUGUUUUAGCUGCUGGUUUAUUAUAUGUUUAUUAUAAAAAAUCAAGAGGUUUAAUUCAAUGGAAUCCACCAAUUAAAGCUUCAUUGCCAGUUAUUAUUUUCUUCUUUUUAGCUUCCCUUUACUUAAUUGUUGCUCCAUAUAUUCCACCAGUUGAUGGUCAAAAGGUUUACAAUCAUUUACCAUAUUGGAUUCAUGCAGUGGUUACUUGGGGAAUCUUUGGUAUUGGUUUAGUUUACUACUUUGUUUGGGUUAGAAUCUUACCAAAAUUAGGUAAUUAUACUUUAGUAACCAAAGAAAUUGUUGGUGAAGAUGGAUUCUGGAGAAAUAGAAUUUACAGAAUUUAUAAUGAUGGAUCAAAUAAGGAUAUUCUUGAAAAUGAUCAUACUGAACAACCAGAAGUUGAAGUUGUCAAUUAG